CGGCGAGGAUAAAGCAAGAUGGCGUCUGACGGUGAAGACAUUAUUGCAGUCGUCACAGUUCAGUGUUCUUAAUCUGUGCCUCCAUGUACACAUAUAUGUCCUUUAUUACACUCUAGUAAAUAGAGUAAACAUCGUUAAUAACUGUUUGCAUCCGGUUAUAUUAGUCUGAGCGCACUUUGAUGCUUCUCGAGCUAGCUUAGCCUGCUAGUUAGCUUAGCUUGUUAGCUGCUAACAAAGAGAGGCGGAAGUGAUCAAAACACAUCACUAAGUAGAGAUCAAGUGUGAGUGUAAAGUGUUGUGAUUGUGUGAAAAUGUGCCAAAGAACGACAGCAGAGUACGAGGAGGAACUUUGUCCAACAAAAGAGGAGAAGGAGCGACAACAUGAAAAACAUCAAGUUGUGUUACACAGAACAGACAUCCAUCAGCUGAUUGGACACCAAGAAGAAUGUCUCCCUCAUCUGCAGGGGGACAGUUUCACUUUAGAGUAUCCACAGCUCUCAAAUUUUAAAGGGGACAAGGAGGUUCCACAGCCCCCCUAUUUCAAAGAGGAAGAGGGGGGAGAGUGUCCUGUAGGGCAGGAGGAGGCUGAUGUCAGCAAGUUUCCACUGACUGUUGUCUCUGUGAAGACUGAAGAGCAUGAAGACAAACCACCUGAGUCCUCACAGCUUCAUCACAGUCCAAAUGUCUGUGAAGAACAUCUUCACCCUCAGCAACAGAAGUGGAGCUUCAGGAUGCGGACAGAGGAGCCACAGCCCUUCCACAUUAAGAAGGAAGAGGAAUACCCACUGAUACACCAUUUUAAAAAGGAAGAGGAGGACCCACUGACACCCCAUUUUAAAAAGGAAGUGGUGGAUCCACUGACUCCUCACUCUAAGGAGGAAGAGGAGGACCCAGUGACCCCUUACAUUAAAGAGGAAGAGGAGGAAGAGGGCAUCAGUCAGCCUAAAUGGUUGGAGGAGUUCCCAGUGACUGGUGUCCCUGUGAAGAGUGAAGAUGAUGAGGUGAAAGGUGAAAGUGAGGAGAGGGGAGGGGGGGAGCCUCCAAGCAGCAGCUCAACACAACACAUGACAACAGAAGCUGAUGGAGACCACUGUGGAGGAUCACAAGCAGACAAGCUCUUAGCUCCACUAUCAGAUAGUGAGGACACAACGUCACACUCUCCUGACACUGAUGAUGAAGACUCUAAAGAUGAUAAGACAUGUCACACUGACAACACUCACUUCACAUCUUCUCACUCUCACAAAACUUUUAAAUACCAUUGUCGUCUGAAAAGACACAUGAGAACACACACUGGAGAAAAACAUUUUUCUUGCUCAGAAUGUGGUAAAGGUUUUACACGAAGUCAACAUUUGAAAGUACACAUGAGAACACACACUGGAGAAAGACCUUUUUUAUGUUCAAUCUGUGGGAAAGUUUUUAUUCGAAGGUACUAUUUAAAAUCACACAUGAGUACACACACUGGAGGAAAACAUUGUUCCUGCUCAGAAUGUGGUAAAAAUUAUACUCAAAGCCAUAAUUUGAAAACACACGAGAAUAGACACUGGAGAAAAACCUUUUUCAUGUUCAAUCUGUGGUAAAAAUUUUACUCGAAGGCAAAAUUUUAAAACACACAUGACAAUACACACUGGAGAAAAACCUUUUUCAUGUUCAAUUUGUGUCAAAAA